AUGUUGGCGUAUGGGUCUGCUGCUGACAUUGUAGACGAAUAUGUUCGAAUCGGUGAAAGCACUUCAAUUGAGUGCUUACAAAGAUUCGUUCAGGGCGUGAAUGUUGUAUUUGGGGCUGAGUAUUUGAGAAAGCCUAACAACACUGAUGUUGAACAUCUUUUACAAAUGGGAGAGUCACAUGGUAUAUAUCCCGAGUGGGCUACAUUUGUCAAGACCAUUUCAAUGCCACAGGGAGAAAAGAAAAAGUUAUUUGCUCAACAUCAAGAAUCAGCUAGAAAAGAUGUGGAGCGGGCAUUUGGAGUGCUUCAAUCUCGAUUUGCAAUUAUACGUGGCCCAGCACGUGCCUGGCACAUGGACACCCUCAAGCAUACCAUAUAUGCAUGCAUAAUAUUACACAACAUGACUGUUGAAGACGAACGACAUACAUAUGGAGGUAAUUUUGAUUACUCUUAUGAUAAUGUGGAUGACAACAACUCAACAACCGAAACAUUUAGCGGUCCUCAUCCGAAUCUUGCAACAAGACUACAAAGAAGAGCAAGUAUUCGAGAAAAACAAGUUCAUCGUCAACUUCAAGGAGAUUUAGUCGAGUAUAUUUGGGAACGUUUUGGACAUUUUGAUGAUGAAAUUUAA